AUGGAUGAAGUUGAGCUGAUCGAUUUCCUGCUGGAUAGGGAAAACCAUGAGGCUGAGAAGGAUUUAUUCAGUUGGACAAGUAAAGAAGCUGAAAUAUUGCAGACCACUGAAGUUUUGAUUCGUGGAAAAGGGGAUAAAGCACCUAAGGUUGUUAAUAUUGGUGCCAGUUCUGAUUUCGAUGAUCUGUUUGACGAUUUGGACGAAUUAAUUUUGGAUGUGAAGAAGGAAGAUACUAGCAGUGGGAAGAAAAAGAGCAACAAGAAGAAGAAGAUGAAAGAGAAGGUAAAGAAUGAUAAAGAUGAGAAUGAGGAUGAUCUUGUAUCGAAACAUGAUCAUGAGGAAGAGGUUACAGUUCCUGUGGCUAAAAUAGAGAAGAAGAAGAAGAAGAAAAACAUGAAGAACAAUUCAAAGGGAUCCGAUUUGAGCAAUGACCAAGAGACUAUGGAAGUGAUCGAUGUUAGUGAAAAGACCUUAUCUGAGAGCUUAUCAACUUAUAUACUGGAAGAUGAUGCUGACACUACAGUUUCCACUUCCAAAGAAAUAGAAGAGGAAAAGGGAAAGAAGAAGAAGAAGAAGAAAAAUAAGAAGGAAAAGAACGUCACUCAAACUGAUGAUUCCAUAAACAACAUUGACUCAAAGAAAAAAAGAUCCGAAGAGCCAUCUGUUGUGGAAGAUGAACGAAUUAUAAAGAGUAGCAAGCAAACAAGUAAAAAGAUAGCCGAGGCUAAGAAGUCUCCCCCACCUAAAGAGACUGAUCAAACAGCGGAUGCAAAGAAAUCAAAAUUAUCUAGAAGGAAAAAUAAGGCACCUAAGGACAUUGAGAAUGUAACCUCUCAAGAUGCGAUUUCAGAACCAAAAUCUUCUGAUACAACUGUUGAAAAUGAACCUAAGAAGUCUAAGGGACAAAGACGUAAAAAAAAGAUAACCCAAGAAACUACUUCAUCUGACAAACAAAAAGAAAAUGUAAGUCCAAUUUCAGAGAGGGAAGAUAAGCUUUCGAAAUCAAAUGAGAAAGGUGAAUUUAAAUUCAUGUUUAAAGUUGGUGAUGAAUUAGAUGGAUCAGAAGACGAGAAAAGGGUUAAGAGGAAACCUAAAUCUAAACAAUUAAAUGAAAAUACUAAUACAAAGAAAAAUGACAAGAAGAAAAGGACACGAAAAGUUAAUACAAAGGAUAUGAAUAAAAAAGGAAGUAGAGAUUUAGAUUCCUAA